AUGCAGACGGACGAGGAAAUUGGAAAGGUGGCGGCGGCGGUGCCCGUCAUCAUCUCCCGGGCCCUGGAGCUGUUCCUGGAGUCGCUGUUGAAGAAGGCCUGCCAGGUGACCCAGUCCCGGAACGCCAAGACCAUGACCACGUCCCACCUGAAGCAGUGCAUUGAGCUGGAGCAGCAGUUUGACUUCUUGAAGGACCUGGUGGCGUCCGUGCCUGACAUGCAGGGGGAUGGGGAAGACAACCACAUGGACGGGGACAAGGGUGCCCGCAGGGGCCGGAAGCCAGGCAACAGCAGCCGGAAGAAUGGUGGGAUGGGAAGCAAAGGCAAGGACAAGAAGCUAUCAGGGACAGACUCGGAGCAGGAGGACGAGUCCGAGGACACUGACACUGAUGGGGAAGAGGAGACACCGCAGGCCCCACCCCAGGCCAGCCGCCCCCCUGCCCACUUUCAGAGCCCCCCAACACCUUUCAUGCCCUUCACCUCGACUCUGCCUCUGCCCCCGCCCCCAGCGCCCCCGGGCCCCUCAGGACCUGAUGCAGAGGACGAAGAGGAUUAUGACUCCUAGCACCCUCUGCCCCCAGGCCACACCCCCUUUUAGUUGGUUUUAGUUGUUCUGGGCGGAGGAGAAAAGAUAGAGCUGUUCUUAAAUUUAUUAAUAAAAAUAAAAGGGAACAUCGGUGUUUA